AUGCAAGUGCAUACUGCCACAUUUAUCGCCUCCUCUUUGAGUGGAAUUGCACUUUUGUGCAGUUUUUUGGCUCUCGGACAAAUCUUCAACAAUGUUCAAGGAUAUUGGACAGAAUUGGAUGUUGAGAUUCAAAAUUUCAGAGUUAGUUUGGAGAUUUGAAAGAAGUCACGCAGAACUUUGCACAUUUUCGUUCAGAAACAGAAAAACACCUGCUUUAUAGAAUUGGAAAAUGCUUUGACUUUCAGGAAAAUCAAAAAUAAAAACCUAGAAAAUUCAGUCGAAAAUACAAUUUCAAAGCAGUUCCCGAAAAAAUAGUUUUUCAAAAUUUCAAGAAACAAUUAGCCUUUAGAGUUUACAUGAAAAAUAACCGAGCCUAAAAAGCCUAGCAGUCGAGUACUUGAGCCUUUAGAACCUAGUUGUGGAUCAGCGCCUGAGAGCUUCUCUUAAAAGGGGCCACGCCGAGAAAGUUCAAUUUUUAGGGAUUGGUGCCUAGAGAACCUAAUUGUCAGGAAAGUGGUCUAGAAAGACACCAUUGAACUUAGAAAAUUACAAUUUCCAUCGAAAUUUGUGUUAAAAAAAACAACGAAUCAGAUUUUUCACUAGCCCAAACCAAAAUUCCAGGUCGAAACUGAUCAAAUGUGGAAAGACCUUGUCGACAUCGGAACCCAUGCCAAACGUUCUCGCAGAAAUGCCUACGAAGGUGGAUAUGCCGCAAGUGGACCAGCUCCAUCAUCAAAUAGCUACAGCGGUGCUCCAGCUCACGAUUUCGGAGCUCAAGCUCCAGCUGGACCAGCUCCAUCUGGUGGAUCGUGUCAAUGUCAAUCAGCCGCUGAGAACAAAUGUCAUCCCGGACCAGCUGGACCAAAGGGAACUCCUGGAUCACCAGGACCAAAUGGACAACCAGGAAUUGAUGGAAAACCAGGAGUUGAUGCCGAAGAUGUUUCACCCGAACCACAAGACACCGGAAUUUGCUCGUAUUGUCCAGCUGGACCACCAGGACCACCAGGACCAAAUGGAAGACCAGGACCACGUGGAAUGAAGGGAGCUGAUGGUGGACAAGGAAGACCAGGACACGAUGGUAACCCAGGACAUCCAGGAGAAAUCGGAGCACCAGGACCAUCAGGAAAAGUUGGACCAGAAGGAAGACCUGGAGAGAAAGGAGCUGAUGGUAGAAAACCAAUCGGAAGACCAGGAGCCAAGGGACAACGUGGACCACAAGGAGAACCAGGACCAGUUGGAGAUAAUGGAGCUGACGGGCCAACUGGACCAGCUGGACCAAGUGGACCACAAGGAGGGCCAGGAGGACAAGGAGAAAAGGGAUUGGAUGGUGUUCCAGGAGGAGAAGGAAAACCAGGAAGACCAGGAAAGGAUGCCGAAUAUUGUCAUUGUCCAGCAAGAGGAUCACAUGGAGGAGUUGGAGGUGGAAGAGGUGGACACGGAGGAGCUGCUGGAGGUGGAGGAGGUGGAUAUGCUGCAUAUUCAGAGGGAAGAUAA